AUGGCCUUCACCAAUCUAAUGUACCUUCAAGGAUCGGACGAUUCCACAUGGUGUAGAUGCUUUCCUGCCACUCUGAAGGGAGUCGCCCAGCAGUGGUUUGGCAAUCUGCCAGCUGGCUGUGUCAACAACUUCAGAACAUUGGCUUAUUUGUUUGCAUCAAACUUUUCCAUGAACAUACCUGCUAGGAAGACGACUCUUGAUCUAGGAGCCGUCCAGCAGGGAGAAAAGGAGGGAUUACGCUCCUACAUAAAGAGAUUCAAUCUGAUGAGGAUACAAAUACCCAACUUGCCGGAUGAAGUAGCCUAUACCGACUUCUUCAAGGGGUUGAAGGACGGGUCGAACUUCAAGUUUGACUUAGUCAGAAAAAGAGUAGCUACUCUUCAAGAGGCAAUGAUGGAGGCCGAGACCUAUAUACAGGCAGUCGACCUCUGUCACAUGGGAAAGAAAGGGGACCAAAAAAGGUCCGAGAAAAAGGAGAGUCGCUCACAGAAAGCGGCCCCCAAGGAAGAUAAGAAGAGAAAAGAUGUUUGGAUGGCCGACUCCACUGGUCAGACGUCCAGUAAGAAAAGAAAAGCGUUCACUCCAUAUUCCCCCAAGUAUGAGUUUAACAAAGAUAAUCAUGCUAUUCUCAAAGAAGUUAAGGGCCGACUCUCACUUGAGAAGCCGGCACCUAUGAAGGGUGAUCCUAGCAAGCGCAACCAAGGCAAACACUGCCAUUUUCAUGAUGACGUUGGGCAUGAGACUAACGAAUGCAUUAGCCUCAAGCGUCUGCUGGAUCAGUUGGCUGAAAAGGGUGAUCUAGACUCUUAUGUCAAGAAACCUACAGGAAAACAGCCCCCCAAACAAAAUCAGACGACCAGGCAAAAAAGACAGAAGCCAGCCGACAACUCUGACACCGAUGAAGCCACCAUCUAUACAAUAGCAGGCGGCUAUGCAGGGGGAGGCUCGACUGUUCGGGGUAACAAGGAUAGCAUCAGGCAAUUGGAUGUCAACUCUGUUAAUCGGGGUGAGACCUCUGGUACCUCGUUUCCUGAGGUUAUUAUUUCUGAGAAAUAUUCUGGUAUGUCUGACGGCCGCAUGACGACCGAAUUGUCAUUGAGUGUAAAGUGGCCAACCAAAGAGUCGGCAGAAUACUUAUUGAUACAGGGAGUUCGUCGGACCUCAUCAGCCAAAAGUGCUUGA